CUGACUACCUUCGUCUUCCUUCAAACUUCAACGCGAUCAUAAGAGAAUGAAUAACCCACUGCCUCCAGUUUCCACGCCCGCAAGAGACUGAAGUGAUCGCCGGCUCCAACAAUGGCUUCUCGAUGCUUCUUCUUCAUCGCGCUAUCCAUCACGCUGGUUGAUUUCUCUUCUUCACAGCAGGUAACUGCUGCCCAUGAACCGGUUGACCGUAGAAUCCAGCUCUCAUUAUCGCCAUUUGCAUCGGGUCUCGAAGCUCUGCAGAAUCAAAUUGGUUACUCUUUCCAGAAGGUUGGGCUGCUGCGCCUGGCGAUGACCCACUCUUCCUACUCCCUAGAGAACAACAAUGCGUUGAGUAUAUUGGGUGCCAAUGUCAUCGACACGGCUGUUGCUGUCCAGUCACUCAGAGGCGACAUUGAUAUAUCUUCGAAAACUCUCAGUGACCGGAUUGCUAAAGUCUCAAACGUCGAAAAUUCGUGUGCUGUUGAUGGGAAGCGCUUGGGGAUUCACAAAGUGAUUAGGGUUUCGUCAAAGAUGGAUUCAUCAACUCCUUCGGUGGUUUGUGGUGCUUUCCGGGCGAUAUUUGCUGCUAUUGCUUUGGAUUCGGGGAAGGUAGAUGAAGCUGGAAAGGUGUUUCUGAAAGUUCAUGGUGGUGGUGGUGGUGAUGUUGGAAGAGCUGCCUUGUAAGUUGAUAGCCUUGAUCUCUUGCUAGGAGUUUGCUGCAAGUGGGUGUAAGUAGGCGAGUUCCAAUCUAACGGUACUCAAGAGCUUGAUUAGUUUCUCGAACUGUGGCUAUCUUUGCUUUGGUUGUAUAAAUUGGGCGCUGCUAAUAUAGUUUCUGCUUGAGAUAGUCUGUCUUGCUUAUGUACAUAAGUGUGGUUUCUGACUUUCCCAUCUAUUGCAUCUUACAAUUGGAAUGGGAAUGGAGUUUCAUUGGAUUUGAAAGAAGUCAUUGUGAGACACAUUAGCAUCA